GUAGAACAAAUGUGACCAUGGCAUAAAGCUUCUUUUUUUUGGCGCAGCUCGCGCCCCUGAUAUACGUGUGUGUGUUCACUCACUUCACAAGUUUAACGACCUUGUGCUAUCGGAGCUCAAACGAUAUAAUACAAAGACGACAUAGAAUUUGAUCGACAGCUAUCGUUUCACAAGUCUCCAUUUUGGAAAGUGAACAAGGGUGUGGGCGACUUCUUCUCCGGCGCAGCCUCAACUUGACUAAAUACGAUUUUGCAAAUGGUCCUCGACUGAAGUCAUGGAUCCAGGAUACAGAGAGAGACAGGGCUACUAUGGGAGGGAUCAGGACCCACAACAGGAUAUCCGGCACCACCAACAGCAUCAGUUGCAACAGCAACAGCCACAACUCCUACCGCAUUAUGCCCACCAGUUGCCCCACCACCAGUCCCUGUUGCAGCCACACCUGCCACCGCAGCAUCAGUUGCAUCACACACAGCCAGCCUUCGUUCUUGACCAGGGUGAUCAGGUCAGAGGUCGUGAAGACUUUGCGGGCAGGCUGACAGGAUCGGCUGUCUUACAACAAAUGUUGCCCAGUAGUGGACAGGUGCUUGCAAGUAGUAUGCAUCGCGGUCAUCCCCACUUCUCCGAACACAGUCAUGCUCAGCUAUCCCAUCUAACCAGCCAGGCAAGCUAUGUCCCACCAACCACAUCAACUCAGUUGAUUGUAGAUGCUUCGGCCAGUGGCAGCCAGGCUUUCAUGUCCCCUCAAUCCCCCACACAGCAGGAUUCGUCAGACGAACAUGAUGUGGAAGAAGAAGUGGUGGAGGAACCAGUUGGUAGCAUGGUCAUUAACGAGAAUGUCCGCGUUGUCACCGUCUCUGAACCACAGAAUGCCCGCGUUGUCACACUCCCAGAACCCCAGUGUGAGCCAGUCUUGACUUCGGCAAGCAGUGCAGACAUGGACACUCCCAAGAAACGGGCAGUGCGCCUAGCCCUCGCAGAGACGCAACAGAACGUUCUGACUGCUCCACAGAACUUGUUAAGGCGGGAUCUGCAAGUUGUGGACCAGGAUAUAUGGAAACCUGAUAUCCCGAUUGGUCUGUCUCUGCAGUUCUCUCUGGAUGGGAAGAUUAGUGGGCUACGUUCAGAGCGGUCUUUGGAGAAGGGUGCCAGAUUUGGACCUUUCAAUGGCAAGCUGGUCGAUGAGGCAGUCGGUUUCCAAAAGGACUCCUCUUGGGAGCUUUGUAUGCGGGGGAAGGUAUUCUUCUACGUCGAUGGUCAGAACAAAAGUCACAACAACUGGAUGGCUUUCGUUGAGAGUGCCAACUCCGAAGAAGAACAGAACCUGGAAGCAUUCCAGUCCUACGGGGAUAUUUACUUCAGAACCACAAAGGUCGUUGAACCAGGAAGUGAACUGAAGGUGUUCUACAGUGACGAGUAUGCUAAUCAUGUCGGCUUCAAGAAGAAACUGAGUGAUCUGCAGUUAAAAAGUGAUUCUCAGGUCUUUCCCUGCGGUUCCUGCGACCAAUCUUACCCUUCAGCUAAACGACUUCUGAGGCACUUGAAGAUCAGUCAUGACCCUGACAGGGCCAAUGAUUUACGUCCUGUUUUGACGUGGCAGCCACGUACCAAUUCAGAGAAUGCUGAGAAUGAGAAACCUGUCAUUGCUAAACCGGUCAAGUCUUCUUCCCCAACCAGCAAGAAGACCCAGGUGUUGACCACAAACAGUUCCAGCAUGGUCGAAGAGAGGUUUAUCUGCACGACUUGUGGCAAGAACUUCCUGACCCGUGGGAGGCUUGCUGCCCAUGAAACCUUCCAUGAUUACAGCGAGGAACACAUUUGCAAUAUAUGCGGCGAAAGCUUUACCAACUCCAACACUCUUGCCAAGCACAUGGUGACCCACAAGGCCAAACCUUACAAGUGCCAAUCCUGCGGGAAUGCCUUCACGACAAGAAACAUGCUGAGUCGCCAUGAGAGGCUCUCGCACACGUUCAACCACAAGUGCCGGGUGUGCGGGAUGCAGUUUGUGAAGAAGCGUGAGUGUAAUAGGCACGAAAAGAUUCACCCAGAUUGGAGGAAUUUCAGGUCUGUGCAAAUUAAACCUGAAAAACGGUCAAGAUUGAAAAAAGUGGUUCAAAGCGAUGAAGAUGAUGAUGUUGAAGAAGGGGAGUUUGAUUUUCUGAACACUAAUGAAGCAAAGGAGGUAGUUGAGGCUCAAGAGGAGGAGGAAGAAGAAGAGAACAAUUCAAACCUUCCGAAAGACAUGCUUGGGAAAAGAGUUAAUUAUUAUGAUCGACCAAGACCUUAUAAAUGCCAAUUUUGUCCAAAGCGGUAUCUCUCAAAGAAGGCUAAACUUGAUCACGAAGCUGAGAGACACACCAAGAAGUGCCGCUUCAAGUGCACGCACUGCCCAUCAGUAUUCGCAACUGAGAUUCGAUAUGUAGAGCACGUGAAGCGGCACAUCGAGAACCGUCCAUUCCACUGUGCCCUCUGUCCCAUGACCUUCGCAUCGGAGAGUGCCCUCAAGAACCAUCAAGGAGAGCACACUGGUCUCAAACCCGUCAAGUGCGACAUCUGUGGGAAAGGUUUCCGGACGCGUCACUUCAUGACCGCCCAUAAACGCAGAAUGCACAAGGUCCAACAGAUGCGAUUCGCCUGCUCCUACUGCAACAAACCCUUCUCCGACAAAGGAAACCUCAUCAAGCACGAACGGCGCCACAAGGGCAUCCGACCUUACGUCUGUCUCAUCUGCGGUCAAGGUUUCACCAGCAACUACUGCUUAAUCUCCCAUAACUACACACACACCAAAGAGAGGCCCUUCCAGUGCCCGCAUUGUGACCAGAAAUUCACUCUUAACCAGCAUCUUACAAACCAUAUGUACAAGGAACAUACUUCGCAUGGGAAACCACAGAAAACCCAAGCUCCUGCAACUCAGAAUGCAGCCACCAUUCCUGCCACUCGACUUGUCAAUGUUCCAAUGCAGCCACAAAUGCAGCUCUAGCUUCUUUAUGAUGAGCACUGAGAAGUACCGUUUGUUAUGGUGGAGAUGAUUGUCUCUAUAUUCAUUUACCUCAUUGUUGCUCUGUCAAGAUUUGUGAAAUCAAUAUCAAGAAUGAAUGAAUCCAUUAGCUAAUUGAGCCAGACCCACUAACACAAAUGUUAACAAUCAAUUCCAAACUAUUGCAAUUUUAUAAAUUAUGAAAAUUAAGGUCCAUUUUAUUUAUAUGGGUUACUGAAAAUCUUCAUUAAAAGAAAAAAAAAGUUGGAUGGUUUCAUUAGGGUUGUUCGUGUUGCGUCAAACAAUCCUUUUUUUAACCAUCCCACUAGUUGUAGGAAACAGUGCCCUAUCUUGCCAUUCUUUAGCUUCCUCAUAUAAUCAUUUCCAAGAAAGUGCACCCAGAUCAGUCAUUUGUUUGCUUUCCCCCAAAGAUAUUUGUUUAUACAUGUAUGAUUAUUAUUAUCUAUUGCUUAGUAGUUUUGUCUCGCCCACCAGAGGUGAAGGCGAGACUAAGGGAUCGAAAUGUUGUCCGUCCGUCACAAACCUUAUGACACAUAACUCCACAACCGUAAGUCACUUUUCAACCAAACUUGGAUGGUAGAAGUACUUAGGCGACCUGUAUGUUAUGCUGCAGUCGGAGGUCUUAUGGUAUGGUCAAAGUUCAUUUUAAGGUCAACAUUAAAGUUUAUGUGCAAGACUCUUAUGACAAGUGUUAUUCCAUCCCAGUCAUUUCACAAUGAAGUUUUGAUACAAUUCUGUUGCGUGCCCUCUGGUUAUUUUCAUAAGUGGGCGAGACACAAAAUCGCUUUUGCCUUGUUUGGUAUUUCUUUCAUAAUUCAUUCUCAUAUGACCAGGGGAGCCUUCCAUGAAAGAAACUCAACAGUGAUUUUUCACUGGCUAUUGUUAAAAGCUACUGAAAUCCUUGCAUCUGAUUGGCUCAGAGCAAAUAAUUCAUUGAAAAUCACUGACAAGAUGCUUUAUGAACCCCUUCCUCCCUAGAAUUAAAGUUGAUCUUUAUAGGGACUAAUCUAACUUGAGGAAAAUAUUUCACCAGUAUUCUGUACAAUUCCUUCUGUGAAAGCUGCUACAUAAGGAACCACUUUCCGAGCUGCUAGGUUUACUACAGGAAAGAUAAAGGCUCUGACUUUUGACAAGAUACCUAAAAGACAUAUUGGCCCAUAUUCUGAAGUCUGGUUUUAAGUUGUUGUUUAACUAUGGAAAGCCAGUUGGUACAUAAAUCUCUUAACAGUAGAGGUUCAAUGUAUCAGCUCAUUUGACUCCCAAAGCAUUGUAAACUGCCUGGGAAGGAUAAGUAUGACAAUUGCCUUCACCAUUAAAGAAUUAGUAAAGAGCACAGUAAAUAUGACAAGCAUUCACUGUAAACAAAAUUUUGAAACUUUUGGCUUCCCAUAAUUUUAGCACAGAGUUAGACCAUGGUCUAAGUUAAACUCGACUUCAGAAUACGGGCCAUUGAGUAGUAUUCGUACAAAAUACACUAACUUGCCGCAAGCCCAGCGCCCACUAUGCGACGGGAUUGCACUAAGCCAGUCCACAUAUUGCAACAGCUCUGCAAUGUGCUGUGUAACAAUGACAGUUAAUUGUCUCCAUGGCGCCUCUUCUUUUACGUGUGUGUUGUCUGCGCUUCGGCAUCGCCGCGAAUUGGCCAUGAAGUCAUUGUCUAGGGCAAAUCGGAUUGGAUGAGAUUAGCAAAAUCGCAGAAAGAUUUGACAUGUCAAAUGUCUGAGAUUUGGUCUGCGAUCCUACUGCAACAAAGCAAGUCGCAGUUGCAGCAUGUUGUAGGUUGGUGCACACUCUGUGAUUUUGUUGCAAUGGGAUCUCGGUGCAAUAGCAUCGCAUAGUGUGCGCUGGGCUUUAUAUAUUCUUGAUUUUUGGUAAAUGAUCUUUCUUUGAUGAAUUUUUGCAGUAUUUUGAACGAAAUCAAUCUGAUGUGGCGGUAAUUUUGGUAUAAAAGGAAGGUGGUCAGGUGGAUGCUGCCCACUUCCUCAAAUAAUGAACCACAAAGUCAAUAAAAACUCACUUCUUUAUAAUUUAUAUGUCAUAACAUUGUGUACAUGGGACAAUAUAUGUAUAGCAUGUGAGGGUACAUAGCAAAUUGCCAUGGUAAACGAGGAAAAUGAUAUCCUACUUUACAAUCACGUUAUGUCAGUAAUGACUACAUAAUUUAUAUUAUGUGUACUGUAAUUUGAUUGCAAAACUCAACAAUUGAUUGUAUUCUAACCUGAGAUGAUUCAGUUACAGUUGUGCGCCAAAGUUAGUGAACCCCACCACAAAAUGCACUCCUUCAUGUUGAGUGUUGAAUGGAGACAACAACACUACAAUGUUCGGCGAGCCCAGAGAAACAAAGUUUAUUGAAUGAAAUUUUUUAUCCCCUCACUUUACAAUUAGACAUAUACAUGCAUGUAAAACAUGGCAGAACUUGAACACUUUAAAUAUGUCCAUUUUCUGCAGGGGCUCACUAAGUUUUGAGCACCACUGUAUCUAUUUUUGUUUUUUUAUAACAUGUCCUGUUGAUAUGUUCUGUACAAAGAUUCUAGUGUCAUUUGCCAUCUUUAUCCUACUCUAACUUGUACAAUUGUAUGUAUUUUAUGAUUGUAAUGUUCAUGCUGUCAAUGUCUGUGUAACAAAGGCCAAGAUAAAAGACUAAAUUGUUUUUAUUCACGCAACAA